GUACGUAUGUAACUGCUCGUGAAUUUGCUAGCAACAUCCCUCUCUCAUCCCCCCACCAAGUAGGGGCAGCAUACGGAUAGCCUGCCAAUUUAUAUUUUUCCUUUCUUCUGAAUUCCUUUUGACGCGGUGGUGACCACCGCCAUGCUCUGCCAGCCGGCUGCAGCAGCAUUUCAAUGAACGUUCGCGAUCCCUUCAACCUCCGCAACGGCACCUUGAACCGGCCCCCCAUCGCCACCUGGAAGGCCAACAGGAACUACAAUCUCCAAUACAGCAGCGCCUCUCCGCUGCAACACAUCAUCCGAGCCGCCGCCACCGCAACCCAGUCCGCAGCCGCCGACCUCCGCGACAAGGCCAGCGAGGUUGUUCACUCGGCACAACAGGCCUUCACCGAGGCGGCCGCCACCACCCUCGACCUCGACCUCGAGAAAGCGGCCCACCUCGAGCCCGGCCCCGAAGCCAAGCCCGAAGUCGAACCCAAAGUCGAAGCUAAAGCUAAAGCCCGGGAGCAUCACCGCCGCGAAAGCGCCCGGCCCACCCACACCGCGAGGGCCCCUGCGGACUCCCCAUCACGACAAGAACUAGCGCCCAAGACCGAGCGUGGGCAGGCCCAAGAACAGGACAUGUCGUUCGCCAUCCCCAAGAAUGUACCCUCAUUCUCCAGCCCGCAGCGCCAGCUCGAAGACCAACUCUGGGCCGCCUCCUCCAGGAACCGCCAGCGAUCUUCCCUCGUAGGCAACGUCCAGGGCUUCCUCUCCCCCGGCAGCCGCGCCGGCCUGCCCAUGUACAAGGACAAGCCGUACAUGUACCCGCCCGGACGGGGCGGCGGCUCCUAUGCCUGGAGGCGGCCGCUGUACCGGAGGAAGCGGACGACGUGCGCCCUCCUCUUGCUGGUCGUGGCCGGGCUGGCGUGGUGGACGGGCUUGUUUGCGGGACAGCAGGCACGGGUCGGCGGAGGUCUUAGUUGGUCCGGGUGGCUGGCGCAGGAGACGGGCGGGGAAGCGAACGCGGCCGAGUGGGCGAAGCGGCGGGAGAGAGUGGUGGAGGCGAUGGAGUUGAGUUGGGAUGCUUACGAGCGAUAUGCUUGGGGCUAUGACGAGUUCCAUCCCGAGUCAAAGAAGGGCCGGCAGAUGGCGCCCAAGGGGUUGGGGUGGAUCAUCAUCGACUCGCUCGACACGUUGAUGAUCAUGAACAUGACCAGCCGGCUGACGCACGCGCGCGAGUGGUUGUCCAAAUCCCUGACGUGGGAUCAGGACCAGGACGUCAACACGUUUGAGACGACCAUUCGUAUGCUGGGCGGCUUGCUGUCGGCGCACUACCUCUCGACCGAGUAUCCCGACAUGGCCCCAAUAUCAGACGACGACCCAGGACAGCCCGGGGAGGAUCUGUACCUGGAGAAGGCAAAGGACCUGGCGGACCGCUUGAUGGCCGCCUUCGACUCGCCGUCCGGGGUCCCCUACGCCAGCGUCAAUCUGGCACAGUACAAGGGUAUCGUGUCCCAUGCUGACCUAGGGGCGUCAUCAACAGCCGAGACGACAACUCUGCAGCUGGAGUUCAAGUACCUCGCCAAGCUGACCGGCGAGAAGGAGUAUUGGGACAAGGCCGAGAGGGUCAUGAAACUGGUGGACGACAAUGGCGCGAAGGACGGCCUGGUACCCAUCUUCAUCUACGCCACAACGGGCAAGUUCCAGGGCGAGAACAUCCGGCUCGGCAGCCGUGGCGACUCGUACUACGAAUACCUGAUCAAGCAGUACCUGCAGACCAACAAGCAGGAACCCAUCUAUCAGGAGAUGUGGCGGGAGGCGCUGCAGGGCAUCAGGAAGCACCUCAUCACCUACACGGAGCCGUCCCGGUUCACCAUCGUCGGUGAGCGGCCCGGCGGUUUGGGCGGCGACCUCUCGCCCAAGAUGGAUCACCUCGUCUGCUUCCUGCCGGGCACCAUCGCGCUGGCGGUGACGGGCGGGCUCACCGAACGGGAAGCGAGGAAGCUACCCACCUGGACCGAGCAAGACGAGGCCGACAUGCAGCUCGCGCGCGAGCUGAUGCACACGUGCUGGGGCAUGUACAAGUUCAUGGCGACGGGCCUCGCCGCCGAGAUCACCCACUUCAAGAUCGACAACCCUCCCCUGCCCGAGUCGGCCCCGCACAAGGCGCCCGACGAGUUCGACCCGUCCCCGGAUGCGGAGUGGCGCAAGGACUUCGAGGUCCGUCCGUUCGACAGCCACAACCUGCAGCGGCCCGAGACGGCCGAGAGCUUGUUCUACAUGUGGCGCAUCACGGGCGACAUCAAGUACCGCGAGUGGGGGUGGGAGAUGUUCAAGAGCUUCAUGAACUACACGGCCGUCGCCGACAACGGCGGGUUCACGAGCCUGUCCAACGCCAACAAGAUCCCGCCCGUCACGAGGGACAACAUGGAGAGCUUCUGGCUGGCCGAGACGCUCAAGUAUUUCUACCUGCUGUUCUCGCCCAACGACCUGUUGCCGCUGGAUAAGAUUGUGCUCAACACCGAGGCGCACCCGUUCCCGCGCUUUGACAUGGGGCCGUUAUUCUCGACCGGGUGGCAGCGAAAGCCGAGGGAUAAGGAAGGGAGGAUCAUCGAAUAAGUGACUAAUUAUGUGUGUCA